AUGCGUGUACCAAGUGUUGUCACUCUUGUGCCCCUCCUUGUCUCCCUCGUUGCUGCUCAACGGGGAAUCGGAGGUGAAUGCCGUAACGAUGCUGAUUGCAUCAGAUGUCUCGCCAACGGAACGCCCCUUAUUUGCAAAACUGAUGGUUCCUCCACAACUGGAAAGCGAUGUGGAGCUGUCAACCCGCCUUGCCGACCCUUGGAGCCACCAAAACUAUAA